AUGUCUUCCUCAAAGGCCUUUGCCCUGCCCGCAAGGCCUCAGUCGCUGGCUGAGCAAGCCGCAGAGAGCAAGACCAAGGUCAUCAGCGGCGGCAUCAGGCUGGGGGGUCCCAUCACUCUGCCUCCCGCUCCGGUGGCUCUUCCUUCCUCAGAGGCUUCAUCGUCCUCCUCGCAGGUCACCCCGGGCGGACCGGGCGGAUCUUCGCCCAUGGUCAUCAGAGCCCUCACGAGCGAGCCCAAGCUGGCUCUGGGACAUGACACCGCCUCAUCCCAGACCGCUCUCGGCAAGCGCAAGGCUCCCUCCGGCACCCCUCCCCGUGACUUUACCCUCCAGCCUGGGUCCACGGCCCGCACCGACCGCGCCGCCUCCACCUUCAGCACCUUUUCAACGGAUACCAAACCUCUCCUUCCUAUCGCACUCCUUCCCCUCCCUCUCCCCUCCAAGCGCUUCAAAAAGUCUGCCUCGUCCAAGGCGGUCCUCAUCCCGGUCGAACAGCUCCCAGUUUACCCCCUCCCGCCACCCCCGCCCAUCCGGGACGCAUCACUCGCUAAGCAGGUCUUCAUCCACUCGAGUUGCUUCCCUAAGACCCGGAGCCGAUUCGAGGACGCCGCCGAGCGGCCAACGGAGCAUUAUGAGAAGCUGGAACAUGUGGGAGAUAGCAUUCUGGGGAUGGUGGUCACUACUUGGCUACACGAGGUGAAGCCGGGUCUGAGCUGUGGGACUGCCAGUAAACUUAAGGCGCAUCUCGUCUCGAACGCAACGCUCUCGCACAUUUCGGGCAUGUACAACUUCCCUCAGCGGCUCCAGGGCGAUCCACACAUCCUACCGGUACUUCGAGCGCAGACGGACGUCCGAGCGGCAAUGAUGGAAGCGUAUAUCGCUGCGCUGUACUUCUCCUUCCCGGUCGAGCAGCGGUUGGGGGAGGGAUUGCGGGUGAUCGACGCGUGGUUGAGGGAGAUGUACGAGCCGCUCUUUGACUUCUUCUACGAUUAUAUGAAGAGCGAGUACGAGCAACACCACCUCACCCUCUCCUCCACCCUCUUGGGGGGAUCCCACAUCUACACCGAGGACGAAAUCGCUGCCAUCGACGCUUCCUCUCAGGGCAUGGCGAACCUCCUCAAGAUGUACUGUUUCCGACAGGACCGGGAGCUACACUUCGAGGAGGAGCGGUAUGAGACGCACUGUGGGAUCCUGUGGCGGCUGAAGUGUACGGUCGAUGGGAUCGAGGUGGGGGAGGCGACGCGGAGCGGGAGGAAGGUCGCCAAGAAUGUUGCGGCGUGGGAGGCGUGUAGGCGAUUGGGUCUGGUGGUGAGUGCGAUUCUGAGAUGUAUAAUCAGGCGAGAGGAGCUGACAUGGUAG